GCAGCAGCGGCAAAAAAUCUCCUUUAAAUGAAGAAUGAGAGAGAAGAAAAUAAAUCUUCAUCGUCCCAACCGUUUUUUCCUUUCCAUUCCCAUCUCCUAAUUUGUAAUUUCCCCUCUCUGCAACCCCCAUAAUCUAACCUGCCAAUGGACAAAACCGCAAGCUUGAAGCUUCUAGUAGACACAACCACAGAUAAGGUGGUGUUCGCGGAGGCUGGAAAGGACUUCGUCGACUUCCUAUUUGGCCUCUUGCAGCUACCGCUCGGCGGUAUUCUGGCCGCCCUCCCCGGCCAGGCUGUUUCUGGGUCUAUCAUCAAAAUCUACGAGAGCGCCCAGAACCUUGCCGACGAGUAUUUACAGCCAAGCCAGACGAAGAACUCUCUCUUGCGGCCGGCGACAGCCACUUCAAACACCGAGCCGUCGCCGCUAUUGAAGGCGCUGCCUUUCUCUUUUCAGGGAAGUAGCAGCAGCUACUCCUCUUAUGAUAGACCUAAUGUGGUGCAAGGGUACGUCAAAAGCGCGGUGGUUUACACGGUGGCGGAUGAUCUGACGGUGAAGCCCCUGUCCACUGUGUCCAGUCUUGCUCUUCUCAACUCGCUUAAGGUCAAAGAUAUCGGCGUCCUCCAGGAGAAGAUCGUUGUGGUAGGCAUGGACGAGGGAUUGAAGCUGUUGAAAGCCUCUUUGGAGUCUACCACAGUUCUCACAGAUGUGUUCCUGCGAUGAAGCAACAGUGGUCCUAUCCCCUUCCUUCUUAUGUAUUGCAAAUAUUUGGCCAUAUAUGUGAUUCGCUGUGCAUGCCCUUUUUAUUUCUAUAUUUUCAGCCCUAAAUCCGUUUUAUUUUUCUGGUUUGUUCUGUUUUAACUUUUUUGUAUUUGCUUGACGAUACUCAAUUUAUAAUUUUAACGUUAAUUUUCCCAUCGCGGUUAUUUAUUCUACAGUCUUCUAGGAGGCUCUUUCAGCUGCUCUGGCAUGCAUAUGUCCCUUCUAAUAUAUUGCAUUCUUUUGUACAUUUUAGCUUCUUGGAUUAAUCCUUCAAGCAUUUAAACAAACUAAUCUCUCGUCUCUAAACAAG